UGUGCUUGUCUCUCUCAUACUCCGCUCUACAAAGUUUGGCGAGCCAUAUCCUUCUGCAAUCAAACAGCAAAGAUCUAACAUCGUUUCGCUCAGCAUAAUUUCCAUAUUUUACAGACACAAAAAAAAGAACAGAAGGAACUAAUAUCCAGAGGCCAUAGGCAUAUGCUGGUAGCCCCAUUAUCUCCUUUUCUUUAGGUGGUCAAGCAUAACCAAAUAUGGAAGGCACCCCGGUUGAAAUUUUCAAAGAAGACAAGUGCCUCACGGCGCUCGUCGAAGACUGUUAUAUGAAUGCUACUUCGCAGUCUGGAUACCCAGAAGGUCACAAUCUGACUUUUGACUCUGACUGGGAAGAGGAUCCCAUGUCCCCAAUCAUCCCCAUCAUCACAGCUGUGUACUCCGUGGUGUUCGUGGUGGGCCUGGUGGGCAACUGCCUCGUCAUGUACGUUAUCAUCAGGUAUACAAAGAUGAAGACAGCUACCAACAUUUACAUCUUCAACCUGGCUCUGGCCGACGCCCUGGUCACCACGACGAUGCCUUUCCAGAGUACUGACUACCUGUUGAACUCGUGGCCGUUUGGCGAGGUGGUGUGUAAGGUGUUCAUCUCCAUCGACUACUACAACAUGUUUACCAGCAUCUUCACCCUGACCAUGAUGAGUGUGGACCGCUAUGUCGCCGUCUGCCACCCGGUCAAGGCCCUGGACUUCCGGACGCCGAUCAAAGCCAAGAUCAUCAACAUAUGUAUCUGGAUGCUGUCCUCUGCAGCAGGGGUACCAGCACUGUUACUGGGUGGCACCCAGUCCAACAAUGGAACCACGGAGUGUGCCUUGCAGUUCCCGGAACCGUACGUGUACUGGGACACCUUGAUGAAGGUCUGUGUGUUUGUGUUUGCCUUCGUGGUGCCCGUGCUCAUCAUCACCGUGUGUUACACCCUCAUGGUGCUGCGACUCAAGAGCGUGCGUCUCCUCUCGGGCUCCCGGGAAAAGGACCGGCAGCUGCGGCGCAUCACCCGCCUGGUCAUGGUGGUGGUCGUGGUGUUCGUAGUGUGCUGGACGCCCAUCCACAUCUUCAUCCUGGUCAAGGCGCUGGUGAGCGUGCCCGAGACCACCGCCGUCAUGGCCGCCUACUUCUUCUGCGUGGCGCUGGGCUACACCAACAGUAGCCUCAACCCCGUCCUCUAUGCCUUCCUGGAUGAGAACUUCAAGAGGUGCUUCAAGGACUUCUGCCUGCCUAAAAAGCUGAAGGGGGACAAUGCCUCAGGGAAGAACAACAGGAGCACCGUGAGGGGAGGAAGGGAGGCCCCACUUCCACUGGAGAACCCAGAUGGGACUAGAAAGCCGGCAUGACUAGCCAUGGAGAUGUCUUCCAUUUCCCGCGUUGGAAAGGAAGACUCCAAUGAUCUGGGCCUAACCCAGGUGACAUCAGGAAUGUAAGCACACACAACAAUGCUAAUUUAGAUGACUGGUGUUUGUUCCAUUUGUUUUACUGUUAGGCCCAAAUCAAUGGUCCGAUUCCUCACACUUAGAAAAGGAUAUAUCAUUAUUCUUUGAUGUCAAAUUUAUUUGCACACAUCAAGAGGGGGGAAAAACAUUCCACAUGCCAACUAUAGGACACACUUGAAAAUGAUAAGAACCUAUAUUAUCUCAGUUUUACUGUGUUCCUUCAUAGUUACUUGUUAUGCUGACUCUGCAUCUGCACAGUUCUAAUUGGUUUGCAAGAUGCAACAUCCUCCUUCUAGCCUCUGCCAUUCAAUGAAAUAGUUAUCCUUGUCAAAACAUCAAUAAUGAUUGGGGAAGCGCUUUAAAGGGGCAACCUGGGAUUGGCACAUCCAUCUAUUUUUGCCAUAUCUGUCUCUACCAACCAAUGUGUAUGUGGUGCAGAGAUCUAUUACCUCCUUUGGGAGUGGGGCACCCUUAUGGGUGGCAGGUAGAACAAGGCAGUUAACCCACUGUUCUUAGGCCGUCAUUGAAAAUAAGAAAAGAAAAUGGCAUGAUAACACAAAAACCUUUGUAUUUUUCAAGUCAAAACCAAUUUGAUUUGUCACAUGCGCCAAAUACAACAGGUCUAUGUAUACCUUACAGUGAAAUGCUUACGUACAAGCCCUUAAUCAAGAAAAUACCUAAAAAAAGUAAGAGAUAAACAAAUAUUUAAAGUAAAUAACAAUAGUGGGACUAUAUACAGGGGGCACCGGUACAGAGUCAAUGUGCGGGGGCACCGGUGUCGAAGUAAUAUGUACAUGUAGGUAGAGUUAUUAAGGUAACUAUGCAUAGAUAAUAACAGAG